AUGGAUUUUUAAAUUUGCUAAAAUACUCAAAGUCCAGAAAAAUUUUUAUGUCUAAAUGAAGAAUGUUAUUUAGCUGAGAAAAAACAAAUUUAAUGUUAUUAGUGUCUUACUAAAUAUCAUUUAAAUAAGAAAAAGGUCGUAAGACAUAUGGAUGAUUUCAUAGAGCUAGAAUAAUUUAUAAAUGAAAUUAAAAAAAAGUAAACUAGAAGAUAAACUUUCAUUUAAAUGAUAUUUUAAUAAGCACUUGACUUUUAGAAGAGCAAAAUUUAGGAAGUGUAACUAAGUAAAAAUCCUGACUUAAUUAAAAAUGCAACAGAAAAAAUUGAAGGAGAUACUGCAAAAUUUUUAAAGUCUUUGCAUACUUAAUAUUUAGAUCAAAAGUUCACAUUUCCAUAUCAAAACUCAUUUCAUUUAUAAUAUAUUAAAUUUUACUUUGAAAAUGAAAAUAAAUGUUAGGAAGACGCAAAAUAAAAAUUAGCAAUACUAUUCUCAUAAAUUGAGAAGUACAUGCAGACACUUGAUUUAGACAUUCGUACCACAAUGAAAAGGUUAAUAUUAGAUUUAUUAAGCUUUUUAGGUCUUAUUAGAAAUUAGAAUUACUUGAAAAAUAAGUUACUUAAUAUAGUAAAUAAUCAUUUUACAAUAAAUUAUAAUUAUUGAUGCUCUUAUUAAUAUUGCCAUAUUUAGUGUAUUUGUAGAUGAAUCAAUUAGAGAUAAUAUAAUAUUAAAGACAAUAAGAAUAGACUACUGAAAUAUAAGAGUAUUUAAUAAAGGAAUUAGUAAUUUUGAAGGAUAAAUAAAAUUUACUUGAUAAAAAAUUAGAAUAUAUAUGGUUGAAUUAAACUGAAAAUAUAUCAUAAUUAAAUAGUACCCUUUUAGAAGCAGUAGAUGGUAUUUAAAAACUAAAACUUCGAUUUGAUACUUUCAAAUAAAGUUCUACUCUUAAUUUAGAGAAAGUUAAGAUAAAUUAUUAGACUAAUUUUGAAGCCUUAUAAAACAACCUAACCUAAUUUUAUACUUAGGAAGUCUAUUUAAAAAGUUAAAUUUAAUAAAUUUCAUCAAAGGUUGAAGACAUAUUUGUAAAUUAAGUAGAUACAUUGAAUAAAUAGAAGAAAGUGUAAAAGGAAUAAUUGAAAAAAUUAAAGGAUAUGAUAAAUUAGAUGGAAGGAAAAUAAGUGAUGAGAAAAAUAAUUAAAUUGAAGAAUUAUUUAUAUUCACUCUUGAAUUAUAGACAUUUAAUAAAAAUACAAUUAAAUUUACCUAAUACAGAAGUCAAAGAUUUUUAAUUAAUUUAUGAAGAAUUAUUUGAUAAACCUAUAUUACUUUAUACAAUGAUGUCUAUAUAAUAAAUAGUCUAUAAAAAUGAGGGUGAUAAUCCUUUAGUAUGUUUAGGAGGUUCAAAUAUAUAAAGUAAGGAUAGUAUUGAUUUAAUUGCGUGUGAUUUCGCAAAUGAUAUUUUUAGACCAACUUUUGAGUCUGAUAAGGCUCUUAAAAGUAGUCAUGGAGAUAUCUAUUGGUAUUAAGUAUAAGAAUCUUCAUUUGGAUUUGCACCUAAUGAAAAUAUAAAAUUAUUAUAUUGUGAUGAUUAUGAUGAAGAAAAUGAAUACAGAUUAAGUUAUUGGUAUAAUCUAAGAUCAUCAUCAGGAGGACGUAGAUUAGGUAAAGAAACAUUGUUAGAGAAUUCAACUUAACAUAAAUUAUAAAUAUAUUUAUUGAAGCCUCCAUUUUAAUGA